AUGUUAAUAGGCCCAAUGGUGGACCAAAACUUGGGCACCAGCCCAAAAACGGAAGACCUCUCCAGUAUCUCGGAGAUUCCUGGAAGCGUUCCUGUACCCAAAGACAGUUCGAAGAAAGAUAUGCCAGCUAAUGCAGCCACUGUACCUCCUCCGAAAACGGACAAACCACGGCCCCAUGGCUGUACAACCUGCGGUCGCUCCUUUGCACGACUCGAACAUCUGAAGCGCCAUGAGCGCUCGCACACAAAAGAGAAACCAUUCGAGUGUCCAGACUGCUCUCGUUGCUUUGCUCGCCGCGAUCUUCUCCUUAGACAUCAGCAGAAACUGCAUAUGACUACUACUCCAUCUUCAAGACCUAGAAACGCUCGGAGAGAAAGCACAGGAGCCGCUGGGCCGGGAGCGACCCGCGUUCGCAAGAACUCUAUUGCCAGUAACUCUAACUCGAAUAAUAUGCGUCCUCGAGCGAACACUAUCAGCCACGUCGACGCAGCCUCGUUGGGGCUCGGCAACACGAACGCUGGCCCAGGUCCAUCCGGUCACUCUGGCCAUGCCUACCAUCCUAGCCUCAGCUCGUCUGUGGGCUCGAACAUCGACUAUCGCGGCUAUUCCUCCAACCACCAGCCGACUUUGAACGGACUCACCAAAUUGGAAACACAUGGGCUAGCCAUGGACCUUUCUGGAGGGCUACGUACGGCGCCUGUAUACGGCAGCUUCGACUUUGGCAGUGUUCACGAGUUCAUCGGUCAUGGCAGCACGAUCAAUCCAGCCCAGCUCCAUUUCGGAGGUUCUCCUCAGCCAUUUGGGAACGACGUUCCCUCGUCCCCAUACGGAACCCACCAUAUGCCUCCUACCACGGAAGCCAUCAUGGAAGAUGAACUUCACUACGAUUGGAUGCAGAGAUUCGAUCCUUCAUUACCCAUAGGAAAACACAAUGAGUCUGCGAUAGACGAGUCUUCGCCUUCGGCCAUGAGCACGGGCAGCCAGAGUGGCAUCAGUGAGCCAAUGAUGGACGGGACAAACCAAUUUUCAAUGCCGACUGUGGGAUGGCAAAAUCAAUUCUCGCCCCAUCCAGCGACGUCCGCAGCUCAGUUCGCCGAGUAUGCCUCGCCUACUUUUAAUGAUCUAGGUAUCGCGCCGGAAACAGUCUCUCCCAAGUCCCUGUUGGCUCAAAACCCGUUCGCUGAGGCCUAUGCCACUCCUCCGUCCAUGACAUCAGUCGGACAGCCCAUGCUGGGAGCACAUUCGCAGAGCAUGCCGUACGAUCUCACCAUGCCCCAGCAUCAACCGAUACAUUUACAGACUCCACACGACGGGCUUUAUUAG